AUGUCUGUCUAUUCUCUACACGGAAAGGGCCUCAAGCUCGACACACGUACUGAUAUCGAGCCGUAUCUGCGCGAGAUCAACCCGGAAGCGCUCGAAGAGAUUCACCUCGGUGGCAACACCAUUGGUAUCGAGGCUGCGCAGGCUCUUGCCGAGGUUCUGCAGAAAGCUACAAAUUUGAGGGUGGCCGACUAUGCCGACAUCUUCACCGGUCGAUUGAUCAGCGAGAUCCCGCAAGCGAUCUCUGCUCUCUGCGACGCCCUUAUCGACAAGGAGCAUCUCAUCGAGAUCGACCUCUCUGACAACGCAUUCGGUGGACGUGUCGUUGACCCGCUUGUACCAUUCUUGACCGGCAAUCGUUCAUACCAAAUAUUCAAGUUGAACAAUAAUGGCCUCGGUCCCGCUGGCGGCACGGUGAUCGCGGAUGCUCUGCGCGCGAACGCCGAACUGUCAGCGAAGGAAGGGAAGAAGUCCAAUUUGCGCGUGGUGGUGUGUGGUAGAAAUCGUCUGGAGGACGGAUCAGCGUCGGCAUGGGCUGCCGCCUUUAAAGCGCACGGAACGCUGGAGGAGGUUCGCAUGCCGCAGAACGGGAUCCGCAUGGACGGAAUCGAGGCGCUCGCGGGUGGUCUUUCCGCGAAUCCUUCGUUGGCACAUCUCGAUCUACAGGACAACACGUUUUCGCAGCAAGGAGAGCGUGCCUUUGCAGCGGCCCUUUCGAAGUGGCCGGCUUUGCACACGCUCAACUUCUCUGACUGCGUACUCUCGGACGAGGGCCAGGUGCCGGAGACAAUCACCGCCCUCGCGGCCGGUUCGAGUCCUGCUCUCAAGCGCUUGCUCAUCCAGAACAACAACCUCGAUGCCGCGACGCUGAAGGUUCUUGCUGACAACAUCGGUGGCGGACUCAAGACGGUCUCGCGCAUCGAGUUUCAAGCUAACGACGUAGAGGAGGAUGACGAGGAGAUGCUCGCCCUGAUGGAGAACAUGACCGCACGUGGCGGCAAGUUCCUCUUCGAUGACGAAGAUGAGGAGGAGGAAGAGCCAGACAUCAACGAGCAGGAGCCGGAGGCAGUGCCUGCAGCUGCUGAAGUCGCGAAAGUGCUUUCGCCAGGCCAGGCCAAGACGCCGGCCGAUAACGACGCCGACGAUCUCGCUGACUUGCUCGGGAAGGUCUCUCUUAACAAGUAG